CAGGAACCCAGAUCUGUUGGCUUUAGUGUGAAAGUGUUCUCCGGAAGUCACCCCCGUCCUCGCCCCGCGGCUCUUGACGCCGGUGGCCGCCUCGCUCCAUUCAUUUCUCCCACACACACACACACAGUCGCAUCCAGCAGUGAGCCCCCCCCUCCCGUUUCUCUCCGCCUGGAAAGAUGGCUGCUCCGGCGGUGGUGAGGAGCUCCGGCCCGGCGCUGUGCCCGAGCUUCGCGGAGGUCUGCUCGUUCCUGGAGCGGUACGGAGCGACGCUGGAUCUGCCCGAGAUGACUUUCCCGCAGAUGGAGCGGUAUCUGCGGGACACGACGGCAGUCCCUAAACCCCUCGUGGAGCUUCACGUGAAGCUGCUCAGAAAACUUGGGAGGUCUGUAACGACAGACCGGUGGGAGAAGUACCUGGCUAAGGUUUGCCAGGAGCUGAACAGUACUUGGGCGUGGGAGCUGGAACAGAAGGGCUACCAGGAUAUGUCCAUGGAGUGCAAGUCGAGCAUCCUCAAAUAUCUGUGCGAGUGUCAGUUUGAUGACAACCUGAAGUUCAAGAUGGCAGUUAAUGAGGAGGACCCGGAGAAGAUGCGUCUGCAGCCGAUAGGUCGGGACCGACAGGGCCUGAUGUACUGGCUUCAGUUGGACCACGAGCAGAACAUCCGGCUGUACACGGAGGAGCAGGACGAUCUGGACGGAUCCACCUGGCAGUGCAUUGUCAGGACUCGUAACGAUCUGGCUGAGGCUCUGGACCUGUUGAAGGCUCAGAUCAGUCCAGGCCUGAAUCAGGAGCGGGACCAGAACCAGGCUGGAUCCACUGUAUCCAGGAGCAACAGCCCCACAGAGAAAGGGGAUGAGGUAACAGGAAGUACUGACCCCGAACCCUCCAAGAGCACAGAGGAACCUGCUGAGAGCAAGAAGGUUGACCCCAUAAAUGAAGAGAAACCCCUCACACCAGUGCUAAAGGAGGAGCAGAUGCAGUCAAUCAAGGGGGAGAACACAGACGCUGAGGUAAAAGAAAAGAGGACGGACCACAAACCCCCUUUGUUCGAUAAUCGGGUCAGCACCAUCACCACCAUUGUCAAAUCUGAAUCCAGGGAAGCAGACGCUCCCAAAAACACUGUGUCGGUUGUCAUGGCACCAUGCACAACUGUGAUAAAACAGGAAGUUAACAAGGAAGAGGAGGCAGGGCGGGCCGUCGUCAGGAGCAACCAGCAGGCAAAGAUACCACUGAAGAAGAGGGAGCUGAAGCUCGCAGAGAGCUACCAGAGCAGCCACCUUAACAACAACAACAGCAGCAGCAGCAGCAGCAGCAGUAUUAUUGUGUGUAACCCCUCAGUGAUCCAGAGCAAGGACAGUCAUGGGAGAGAGGGCAAGUUACUGAACUCUGUAGCACCCUCUUGUGGUUUGGCUAUGUCACAACAGCAGCAGUUAGUGGUCAGUGCAUCGAAGCAAGAACUGACGAAUGGGAGAGCGUCUGUGCUCCUGCCCCACAAAGACGGACAGAAUGGAGUCAUAGGGGUCAUAGGUCAAGUCGGUGUAAUAGGUCAUAUAGGGGUCAUCCGCAGUCCGUCUGAGCGUCACAGAGCCCCUGGCGCUGAGCAACAGGAACCAAAUGGACCAAGUGUAGAGCACUGGGGCUCCAGAGUUGUGGAGGAAGAGCGGGAGGUGAGCCGGCAGUCAGUGCUGGUAAGGAAGGGACCUGUUGAAGGUGACAUGUCGGUAACAACAUCCUCCGCUCUUCGAACACCCGGAAAGCUGCCAAUGACAUCUUUAAAGUCUGAUCAAGCACCUAAAGCUGCAGAGGGAGAAGUGGAUGCUGUUAGCAUUUCUCCACUGUCUCAGUCCACAGAGGAACCCAAGAGACAGACGACAGAAGACCCGUGUAAAAUAAACACAGAGGAACCGUCAGAGAAGACAAAAACUGCGCACAGCAGUCGUCACCAGAAAGAUGAUGGCGUGGACGAGAGGGAGGAGAGGAAAGGAGAAGUGUCUGGGACAGAGGAAGGAAGUAAGGAUUACAAUGAAAAGAGUAAGAGCACUUUAGGGAAGAUGGAGGCAGAAUCAGGGGGCGGCGUUCCUCCUCUAAAAGUUGAACAGAGAAAUGAAAACGACCACCAGGGAGACAUGGUCAAUGAUGAGCUGGCUGCCCAGGUCAGGGUUAAGGACGCUGGGCUGCGGUCAGAGGGGAAGCAGGGUCCCCUGGAGGAGGCAUCCUCUGAGCUCCAGAAAGAAGGAAUCAGGCUCAAGAUUAAGAUUCCCCCCCACAGGAGAAACAAGUUAAGGAAAGGUGGAAAAGAGGAGGAGAAAGAGAGGGAGCAGGAGGCCCAAGAGGAAGGGAGGCAGCUGAGGAGGUCUGCCAGGAUUUGCAGAUCAUCUGCUUUGCCAACCUGCAGGCCGAGCUCGAAGGCGGCGGAGAGCCAGAGAAAGAAACCACAAAAAAAACAGGCACUGACUCCCAGAACUAGGGAAGAAGAAGAGGAGGAUGAGGAUGAAGAAGAGGAUGAAGAGGAGCAGAGCUCAGCUACAAAGAAAGACAUAAAAGCAGAAGUGGCCGGGCAAAUUAGAAAACGAAGGGGAAAACGAAGGCAUCGACGUCCCCGAUGGUCCAACAUUCGUUCGAAGAGACGUAAACUGAACGAGGGGACGGAGGUGGAGGACAGAGGGAGGAAACGAGAAGAUGAGGACAGCGAGGGAGGGAGCGACUCUGAAGAAUCCUGUAAAUCAGAGGAGAUUCCCAGUGAGGAUGCCUGCAGUCACUGUGGCCUGCCCAACCACCCUGAGCUGAUCCUGCUGUGUGACUCUUGUGACAGUGGAUACCACACCGCCUGUCUGCGUCCACCGCUCAUGUUGAUUCCAGAUGGAGAGUGGUUCUGUCCGCCCUGUCAACAUAAACUGUUGUGUGAGAAACUGGAGGAGCAGCUGCAGAAUCUGGACAGUGCUCUGAAGAAAAGAGAGAGAGCCGAGAGGAGGAGAGAGCGUCUGGUGUAUGUGGGAAUCAGUGUGGAGAACAUCAUUCCGGAGGGAGACGAGGAAGAGGAGGAGAAGUCAACAAAGAAGAAAGACUCCAAAAAGAGUAAAAAUCUGGGCCGAAGAUCGACCAGAACCAGGAAGCACAUCAGCUACAGGUUUGACGACUUUGACGAUGCGAUCGAUGAGGCUAUAGAGGAAGAUAUCACCGACCUCUGUGCUGGAACAGAGCGCAGCAAAGACGUCACUCCCAUCCUGUCAGAGGACAGGAAGGAGAGCCAGCGGCCAAUCAGAAGCCAGGCUCGUUCUGUCAGGAGCAGGAAGAAGAGGAGGCUGAACGACCUGGAGAGCGACAGCACGGCAGCUGAGAGUGAAGAUGAGUUCAUGCUCAGCAACAGCUCAGAGGAUGAAGACUUCGGUGCGUCUGGGGCAGAUGACGAUGAGGAGGAAGAUGAAGAUGGUGGCAGCGAGGUGGGCAGUUGGGACAGUGCGACCCGCCCCAAGCGGGCGUUAAGAGGGGUUCCCAAACAACGACCCAGCAAGAUCCAACGUAGGGGGAGGAAACGACAAAGGCGGCGGCGAAGACACUCCUCCGAGGAAGAGGAGGAAGAAAGUGAAGAAGAAAUAGACUCCGAUCAGUUCAGCAACAUGACUGACAGCGAAACUGAAAAAAAGAGGCGGGGCCUGAGGCGCGGCCAGCGGCAGCAGGUCAACUACCGCGAGACGUCCGAGUCGUCGGACAACUCCAAGGCCUCGGCCAACAGGAACAAGGUCAAACCACGCGGCCGGCCACGCAAGGAGCAUCUCUCCAGCGACUACAGCGAUGUGUCGCAUUCUUCCAGAGACUCCGCGGAGGAGGAGGAUUAUGAAGACGAAGACGACGACGACCAGAGACGGAGAGUGAACAGGAGGAGGAAAGAGGAGAAAGACCACUGGAGGAACAGAAUGAAGGAAAAGCGGAGGAGAUACAGAGACGAGGAAGACGACAGAGAGAGAGGGAGGCGGCUGAAAAGGAAACUGUUGGAGAAGGAGGAGGACAAGCGGAGGAGAUUAAAGAGGACAGACAGAGAAGAGGAGGACCUGGAGAAGAUGGGCAGAGGAAAGAGGAGAGAGAUUCUGUCACAGCAGCGGCGCAGGCGGCUCGCUCAGAUGCUGAAGAAACGACGGCCUUCGACGGACGAUGAGGACGAGGACGAGUCUGAGGACUCUGAGUCAUCGUCGGAGGAAGAUCGCCCGGUCCGCAAAAGACUCAACCGCAUCGACUCGGAUGAUGAUGAUGAUGAUGAUGACGAUGAUGAAGAAGAGGAAGAGGAGGGAAGACAGAAGGUGACGACCAAAAAGUCUUCAGCAGCAGAGAGGAGGUCCGACAGCGAUGCUCAGGAAAAGGGAAGGGGCCGUAGUUUGUCUCCGUCAAACAUACACCGGACCUCCAGAGGCCCAGUGAAGCCCGGGACUGGAAGUUCCACAGUACCCAGGGACAAUGAAGCUUCAGGCAGGCAGGGCAGGCACAACGGCCCCCUCCAUCCAGACCAGGAGGAGGAGGACGAAGAGGAGGAGGAGGAGGAGGAGGAGGGCCAGACGGACUCAUUAAACUCUGUCCAGAACAGUCCGCAGUCAUGAUGGCUGUUUGUUUGAAUAACGCUCGCUUAUUUCUUUUAGUUUCUUUUUUUUUACCCACAACCCACCUCUGAACAGGAUGUCCCCCCUCCCUCCCCUUUCUCCUCCUCUUUGCUCUCCCCCGUCUUCUCCUCACUGUUGUAUCGUGGUAGAGUGCUGUCCACCAUCGCGUGCUGCACCUCACAACAGAGACUCACGGGUGCCCUCGUCCUCACGUCCGGGACCGGCAGCACUUUGAGUUUCAGUGGACGCACUCGAGCGGCCGGAGGUUGUUGGGACCAUUUCCCAGAGCUUCGUCCUGUGUGUGUGUGUGUGUGGGGGGGGGGGGUGUUGUACCUCAUUCUUAGCACUUCAUCAUUCUCAUAGCACUUAAUAACCGAGCAGAGGGCCAGAGUCAAACUGAACACUUCGGGUCGGAUCAGGAGACGAGACAACAACAAACACAAACACUUUUUAAAUGACACAAACUUAUUUUCACGUCUUCAGAGCGAUUUUGUGUUUUUUAGUUAAGUUUGAGAAAAAUCUGCUUCAACAAGUGUUUUCACCGUUUCCUACAAAUGAGCCAGUUUCCUGAGAGACGUGGUUCUAACAAGGAUCUGGAUCCUCUCUCUCUCUCUCUCUGCUCGGGCGGUCAAAUCACUUAAACACGCGGUGACUCAGAGUCUCCGUGUUUUUUACUUCAGCGGAGGAUUUUCCUCGUUGUUCUGGUUUGAAGAAACAAAUCUCAGAUAAUAAAAUCAGAACCAUCGACACGAGAUGUUUCUCAUUCAAGUCCUGGACACGAUUUAAUGUGGUCAACAGGAAACGAUCGUCCAGUGGAACCGGUCAGAGGUCGAGGGUCAGAGGUCAGGGGUCAGAGGUCAGAGGUCGGGCGCAGGACCCGGGUCUGAUUAAACCUGCUCCUCUCAGACGAUCACGUCACAGCUCGUUCAGCUGGUUAAUGUUUCACAGGAUUAAAAAAUAAUCAACAUCCACGUCGAGAAUCCAUCAUUUUAUUUUUCACAGAAACUUUUCUCAUGAGUUUAUUUAUCUGAUGUGAUGAAUGUGAAACAUUUUAGGUUUUAUGACAAAAAAGAAAAUUAAAUUUGAUUAUUCGAUGAACUGAAUCUUACAGAAUUUAAAAUCCUCUUGGUUUUAGAAACACUUGUUGAAUCCAGACUCUGAAACUCUUUCGGAGAUGAUGAAUCACGUUGAGCUGAAACUCUGGAUCCGCUUUGAUCCGCUUUGAUCCGCUUUGAGUCCGGGACGUUUCCUCCCAGUGUUCGGUGUCACACCGGCGGCUCGUUCGUCCCACACGUUGUGGGCGGGACACGUUUGCUGUAAAUACUUUGCUUGUUCCCUGUAAGAUAAUAGAUGUUCUGUUCUUAGUCCUCUUGUAAAAUAUAGUGUUAUAUUUUCUAUAUGAAGGAGUUGAGACGCUGCUGUGGAGGACGGACGUGUGCAGACUGACGCACAUUUCAUCUGUGUUGAGACUUCGUCAGGUUUGAAACAGAAGUUUGUCUUCUUCAGCCUGAGUUGUACAUGUCCAGAGGUUUUUAAACAUUUCCUAAACCCCGAGUUUUUAAAGAAGGAACAAAGCUUUAUUUUUUUGAUUGAGGCUCAGGGGAGGAAGUCAGUCACCAAACAAACUUUUUAUUUUCUCAGUCGUCAUCUCAGCUGGGAGAAGUUCUUUCACGUCACUGUCGAGUCACUGUCGAGGCUUUAAAAGAUUUAUUCUGCUGUUCACGAUAACGUGAAGGUUUCCGACCUGAUCCCAGAUGUUUCUCUUUCUUCUGCUCCUUUAUCAAACCUCUGAGAUUUCAAAUGUGACCAAUGAAGCGUUUAUUAACUUUCACGUGAUGACAUCAUCACAUCAGUUACACACGGAUUCACCCUUGAAACUAAAAUUCAUAUUUUACCCACAUUCGACUUUUUCUGCAAAAACUACAAAUGUGUGAAAAUAAAACAAACAGAAAAUACAAGAAGGUGACGAGAAGGAAAAGUUUAACUUCCUGUUAAAUUCAAACUAAAAGAACUGAGGACGAGUCUGAUCUUAAAUUCAACUUUUCUUUGAUAGAAACUUGAUUUGACCAGAUUUGAAAAUGUUCUUGUUCUUUUUCACGUCACAUCAGGACACGGUCAUGAAACUUUUAUAAAAAACAGAAACUAAAAGAUCAUUUUCAGUCUCUUUCUUUCGUUUGAUGGAAAAAGUCCACAAACUGACGACGACACGAUGGAAACCAGAGACUUUAAAACCGACGUGUGAAUCAUUGUUGGAUCCACUGAGCUGCUGGGGAUGAUUCGUUUGUUCAAAUCAUGGUCUGAAACUUUUCCUCUAUAAUCACUUUAAAGUUCAUUGUGUUGUGAAUCUGUCUUUUUAAAAAGUAAAAUUCUGUCAUUUACAUUUCGCUCCUAAAAAAGAUUAAAAACCCAGAAAUGAACAAAACCAGGUGAUUUUUUUUUUUUAAACUCUUUGCUUCUGUUUAAAAAAAGUCAGUUUGCAAAAAUCCCCGAAAAGAGAUUGAAUCACUGAUUUAAUGAUGAAGCUCUCGGGUUUGUUUUUCUGAACUCUGAUGUUUCACAGUUUGUGAUGAAACUGAUCCCAGAGUCUCCGUCAGUUAAAUCUCUAAAUGUUGUUUCAGGGACUUUCCUCUUAUCGUUCAGUUGAGACGAGAACAGAAAUACAAACUGAUGAAACAGUGAAUCCCCUAAAAGUCGACAUCUCCAUCGUUGCAGCAGUGAUUUCACGUCCUUCACAAAUAACUGACUAAUAAUGUUAAUAUUAAUAAUAUUAAACUGCCCAAACUCUAAACUCUUGAAAAUUCAGAUUUCAGCUUCUCUGCAAAGAUCAGUAUUUUUAUAAUGUUCCUUUUUUACUCAGUUUAUUAUUUCUUUGUUUUUUUCUUCCUCAUGUUGAUGGAGACUUUUUACACCUGUGUGUUUUCCUCUGUGACAGAUUCUGUUGGUUUUAAAAUGUUCAGUAAACUGAAAUGUGGACUCACUGAGAGCAGGCACCAGUGGACGUGACUGCAGCUCCUUUCAUUUCUCUGUUGUACUGUUACUGUAGUUUCUCUGUAACAAAUGUUUUCUAAGUUAUUAAACCAACAUCCAGGCAUCUCCUCAAACACACUCA